UCACUCGUUGAGUCGUUGGUGGAGUGACAGUGUGUCCACUUUGUUAAGCCAAAGAUAAAUAAUCAAUAAAUCUUAAAAGUGCGUUGUAAAUUGUUGCUUUCUACGUAAAUAGCACAAAAUGGGUCGUACCUGUGAUAUCAUUGGAUGCACAAAUUCAAAUUACAAGACGGAAAAAUUAAGCUAUCACAGUUUACCAUCAAAUGAACUUUUGAGAGGAAAAUGGCUAGAGGCCAUUAGUGCAAAUGGAGGAUUUCGGCAGUCUAAAACGAGAAAGAAAGCGCACAACUGCGACAACACAUAUAUUUGUGGGGAACAUUUUUCAGAAGACUGCUACAUUCCGACAUCAAAGCAGAAACAUCUAAAACCUACCGCUGUCCCAACAUUCCCUCCAACAAAGAAACAAAAGUGUUUAGAAAACAACAGUUCAGAUGAUGCCACAGAAGGUUAUGUUCACAAGAGUGAAAGCCCAUUUCAAGGGACACCUGAAACAUCUGGAGAUGAAUCACCACCCAAAACUAAACGAGCUUCUAAAUCAAAGAAAAAGAAAGCUGUAGAAAAAUCCAGGAAGAAAAAAUCUCCAGUUCUGUCAGAUAUUGUGAUAACAAAUAUUAUUGAUCAAUAUAGAGAGACUGUUACUCAUGGUGAAGAAGAGUUUACCAUCAGAUGUACUUCUUCUCAAAAUUCAUCGGUUGACGGAGAGGAAUCUGUGGGCACCCUCAAGCAAUUGGAGAGAGAUAUCGAAAAUGGCUUCCGGACAUUGGAAAUGCUUGACAGUUAUUUGCAGCGAAUAUUUAAGGAUAAGCAAGAACUUGAGCUUGGAGAAUCCUUGGCGCAUUUGACGGUGCAAAAGGAAGAAACUCAACAGCAGCUGAUCCAUAGAAGAGAAGAAAAAUUGACAAAAGAAAUGGCUUGGACAGAAGAACAAAAGUCUGUCUAUGAACUCCAACAGAAUUUGCUCAGCGACGAUAAAAACACGGAGCACUUGAGAGAAAUGGAAAAAAUCUUGUCCGAAAGGGAAGAAGAAAUCAAACAGUUGAGAAAUUUGACCAAUGACGAGAUAUUCGUCCUGGAGGAAAAAGUAAAAGAUCUUGACCGACGAAUCUCUGAAUUCCAAGACAAUCGCUCGACUAAACUGGAAGAACUACUCAACCAAGAAUCGACUUUGCAAAUAAAAAAGAAGGAUCUCAUUGAAGAUCUAAAGCAAAAAGUCGAGGAGUCAAAAGUGCUUGAAAUUAAGUUAAUCCAAAAUAAAGCUGCAGAAAGAUUUAAUAAAUUAGAUCGGUACACUUCUUAGUGUUCAGACUUUAGGCGGGAAGUAUUUGAAAAUGUGGGUCCAAAUAUAUGUACUGAAUACAUAUUCAACUAAAUACACAGAUUUUUAAAUGA